AUGCAACAUACAGCUGGCAAGAUGGUCCCGAACAACCACAUGAAUAACCUGACAACACUUAUCAAGCGGCUUGAAGCUGCGACCUCCCGGCUAGAGGACAUGGCUGCCUCCCUCGAUAGCCCAGGUCCUAGCCCAGCAGCCGGCACCAGUAUCCUAAGCUCCAACGUCUCGCCGGGUGCUGCUCCCCCCUUGCCAGCUGCAGAGCCUCUACCGAAGUGCAUCGAGGCAUUUGAUGCCAUAAUCUCGAAUGAAGUGAAGGCAUUCUUGGAUAUCAGCCAGCAGCUCGGUGAUCUAGUUGUCCCCCAAUCAAAAGCUGUCCUUAAAGCCUUUGAAGCCGAGCGGAAAUAUCUCCUUGUCUCUACGAAGGCAAAGAAGCCCGAAGCACAACCCCCAGAGCUCUUUACAGACCUGCACAGAGCAUCUGACGAAAUCAACAACAUCCGUGAGAGCAAUCGCCCCUCUCCGUUCUUCAACCAUCUCAGUGCUGUGGCAGAAGGUGUAGUUGCGUUGGGCUGGUUCUUCGAGACUAGACCAGCUACUUUUGUCACUGACACUCUCGGCGGAGCACAAUUCUACGGAAACCGAGUGCUCAACCAAUAUAAAGACAAGGACAAGACACAUGUCGAGUACAUCCAAGCUUAUUAUCAAAUCUACAAAUCCCUUAUCGACUAUAUUAAGGAAUACUACCCUCGGGGAGUGACAUGGAACGACAAGGAUGGCAUUGAUGUGAUGGAUGCACUAAAACAGGUGUCAUCAGGGUCUUCUUCCGUCGCUGCACCACCUGCUGCGGCCGCAAAGGAAGCAGGGGGCGCUCCUCCACCUCCACCACCUCCACCACCUCCAGGCCCUCCACCAGUAAUCAAAGCAGCGGCACCUAGCAAUGACAUGUCCGCUGUUUUCGACCAGCUUAACCAGGGCUCCGCCGUGACAGCCGGUCUCCGAAAGGUGGACAAAUCCGAACAAACACACAAAAACCCUAGCCUACGAGCACAGUCAAUCGUUCCAGGCAGUCCUACUUCCCGAGGCAAAUCGCCUGCUCCCAGCAAGAAGCCAAAACCAGAGAGUAUGCGCGUCAAGAAACCUUCCCGAAAACAACUAGAAGGCAAUAAAUGGUUCAUUGAGCACUUUGACAGCCCAGCUGAUAUCGUUGAAAUCUCUGCCUCUCUCACCCAAUCCAUUCUCAUCUCCCGAUGCAACAAGACCAUCAUCAAGGUUAACGGCAAGGCUAACGCGAUAUCUCUUGAUAACUGCGUUGGCGUCUCUAUCAUCGUCGACUCACUGGUCAGCAGCCUGGAGGCAAUUAAGUGCUCCAAGUUCGCACUGCAGAUCGACGGUAACGUUCCCGCCGUGAUGUUCGAUCAGAUUGAUGGAGGCCAAGUUUAUCUUAAUGCGGGAAGCAUGGAUGCCGAGAUUCUCACCAGCAAAUGCACAGCUAUCAACAUUGUUCUGCCACCCCAGGAAGACGUUGAAGAUUCAGAUGCAAAAGAGUGCCCUAUUCCAGAACAAAUUCGUACCACUAUUAAGGAUGGGGCUAUUUUCAGCGAGAUUGUGGACCAUGUAGGAUAG